CCCCCCCCCCCCCCACCCCAAUGGCUCCACCGGAAAGUGACUCCGUCGAGCCUGUAACUCCGGCAGGCAGACUAUUCCUCCUACCAGAAAUGAAUACCAUAAUCCACUGUGCAUUUGGUGUAAAAAACAAGAUAGACAUAGACUCCACAAGAUCAGUUAUCAAGAAUUCUCUCAUGCUCAAGCACCCAAGAUUUUGCAGCCUCCUAGUACGUGACAAGAAUGGACGGGAGCACUGGAAAAAAACAGAUAUCGAUAUCGAUCAGCACUUCAUUAUUGUAAACAAAAAGACAUGUACUGAUGAUGAUGAUGAUGAUGAUGAUGAUGUUGAUAAAGCAGUGAAUGAAUAUAUAGCUGAUUUAUCAGUUAGUACUCCACUUGACAUGAACAAGCCUUUGUGGGAAGUCCACGUCAUGUUGGAGAAAAAGUGUGCUAUCAUGAGGAUUCAUCAUGCGUUGGGAGAUGGGAUCUCUUUGAUGUCAAUGUUUUUGGCAAGCUGCAGGACAGCGAGCGAUCCUGAGGCGAUACCUACUUUGGUCACUGGGAGGAGGCCGGAUUGUGGGAAGGAAGGGAAACAGCAGGAUUGGAGAGGGGUUAUUUUGAGAGUUCUAAAGAUGGUUUGGUUUGGCAUGGCUUUUAGUUUGGAGUUUGUGUUGAGAUUUUUGUGGGUUAGUGACAAGAAGACCGUGAUUUCUGGUGGUGAUGGGGUGGAGCUGUGGCCGAGGAAAUUGGCUACUGCCAAGUUUUUGAUUGAAGAUAUGAAGACUGUGAAAGGAGCUGUUGCUAAUGCGACCAUUAAUGACGUCCUCUUUGGGGUGAUAUCAUCCGGACUGUCAAGAUAUUUGGAUCACAGAUCUCCGAAAGCUCUGAAAGAGGGCCAGCAAAUAACAGGAAUGGCCAUGGUUAAUUUAAGAGAACAACUAUCCAUGCAGGAUCUAUCCGAGAUGUUGAAGAACAAUUCAGGAUCGCAAUCACGAUGGGGCAACAGGUUUGGCUUCAUUCUCCUACCUGUUUUUUAUCGUAAAAGUGAUGUCGACCCUCUUCAGCACGUGGGACGAGCCAAGACGAUGAUUGACAGGAAGAAAAAAACAUUAGAGGCUCACUUCGCGUAUCAUAUCGGACAUCUAGCAAUGUCUUUGCUAGGACCGAAGGCCGCAUAUGUCCUUAAUUACAGGGUUCUUUGUAAUACUACGUUUACGUUCUCAAACGUGGUUGGACCGCAAGAGGUGGUUACUUUGUCAGGCAAUCCUGUAACGUUCUUAAGGGUGAAUACAUCUAGCAUACCCCAUGCACUCACGAUGCACAUGGUGAGCUAUGCAGGAAGAGCUGACAUGCAAAUCAUGGUGGCCAAAGACAUUAUCCCGGACCCAGAAUUUCUUGCCAAGUGCUUCGAAGAUGCCUUGUUUGAAAUGAAGGAAGCAGCUGCAGCCACCAUAUAAAUUACUCACGGAAUAUAUGUAUUGUCAUUGUCUGAUUAAUUAAUUAGCACAUUGAUUUCACCAAACCAAUUUAAUCGUAGAAUGAAAAUACUUGUAAUAUUUAGUGUGCUAUUGGGAAACCACGUUUCCUUUCCACA